AUGGACUCACUGAGUUGCAACGAGUCGACUCGGCCGGAAAUAAGAAAGCGAGUCCAUGAUGACUCGGAGGUCGUCGAGUUGGCUCAGACAGAUGUAAAGAAGAGGGGACGUUAUGACUCGGAGAACACCGAGUCGACUCGGUCCGAGUCGAAGCUUUUCAAAGAAGAUUUCUUAGACGAUCUCGACGACUCGGAUAUCUGCACAACGAGUCCAGAUCUCGACUUGUUUAUGAAAAGCUUCGAGCAGGAGAUCGCCGGUGCGAUUCCGGCGAAAAUCGUAAACUUGGAGACGGAUUCCGGCGAGUCACGGCCGGAUCUCGGUUACCUUCUAGAAGCUUCCGACGACGAACUCGGGAUUCCUCCGUCGGAGAAGCCGAUUGACACCGAGUUGUUCCGAGUCACGACCGAGUCAACCGAGUUAUGGAGAUUCGACGAACAAGUUUCUGGUUAUGACUCGUUUGAUUUAGGCUUUAAUGAUGAGAUAUAUGAGUAUAAAAGCAACUCGGCCGAGUUCGUGGCGCUUGACUCGCUCUUUGAUUUUACUGACAGUAGUUUUGGUUUACCAGCCCUUUAG